GUCGCCUCGGCCUACCAGCGCUUCGAGCCCCGCGCCUACCUCCGCAACAACUACGCGCCCCCUCGCGGGGACCUGAGCAGCCCGGAUGGCGUCGGGCCUUGGAAGCUGCGCUGCUUGGCGCAGACCUUCGCCACCGGUGAGGUAUCAGGGAGCACCCUCAUCGACAUUGGUUCAGGCCCCACUGUCUACCAGCUGCUUAGCGCCUGCGCCCACUUUGAAGACAUCACCAUGACCGACUUCUUGGAGGUCAACCGCCAGGAGCUGGGGCUCUGGCUGCGGGAGGAGCCGGGAGCCUUCGACUGGAGCGUGUACAGCCAGCAUGUCUGCCUCAUUGAGGGCAAGGGUGAGACCUGGCAGGAGAAGGAGCGCCAGCUGCGAGGCCGGGUGAAGCGGGUCCUGCCCAUCGACGUGCACCAGCCCCAGCCUCUGGGCGCCGGGAACCUGGCGCCCCUGCCUGUCGACGCCCUGGUCUCUGCCUUCUGCCUGGAGGCCGUGAGCCCAGACCUCGCCAGCUUCCGGCGGGCAUUGGGCCACAUCACCACUCUGCUGAAGGCUGGGGGGCACCUCCUUCUCAUCGGGGCCCUGGAGGAGUCAUGGUAUCUGGCUGGGGAGGCCAAGCUGGAGGUGGUGCCGGUGUGUGAGGAGGAGGUGAGGGAGGCCCUGGUGCACAGUGGGUAUGAGGUUCGGGACCUGCGCACCUACAUCAUGCCCGCACACCUCCGGACAGGUGUGGACGAUGUCAAAGGCAUCUUCUUUGCCUGGGCCCAGAAGAAGGUGGAGCUGGGGGUGUGAGGGCCUGUGUCCUGUGACCCUCACCAUCAGACUGCCUGUCAUCUGAGGCAGCUCCUAAUAAAUAUUACCC